UCUUUGUAUAUCGUCGGUCCCAUUCCCCAACCACCAUCUAUCACCCUCUUAUAUACACCGCUCCCUCCACUCACUCUCACUCUCUCUCUCUCUCUCUAUAUAUCUCCACUGUUUAUAUUCAAAUCUACAGUGGCAAUGAUAUAUGGGUAAAGUCACCAGAUGGUUUCGCGAGCUUCUGGGCUCCAAAAAGCCGUUUUCACCGUCGGCUAAGGAUAAGAAUAGGAGAAAGGCGACCUCUUGUUCCAAUUCCGGUGCCGAAAAUAGCGGCGGAGUUUCCGGAGAGCCUCGCAGCAGCAGUUAUGCAAAUGACGGUGUGGACUGUUUGGACGAUGCUAACAAGCACGCGAUAGCUGUGGCUGCCGCCACCGCGGUGGUGGCUGAGGCGGCUCUCGCGGCGGCGCAGGCGGCCGCGGAGGUUGUGAGGUUGACGAGCGUAGGGAAUGGGACGGCGGCGUUGGUUAAACGCCGCCGUGAUUGGGCUGCGGUUAAAAUACAGUCAGAAUUUCGAGCGUAUCUGGCUAGGAAGGCGUUAAGGGCACUCAAGGGACUGGUAAAACUUCAAGCACUCGUGAGAGGCCGCAUAGUCAGGAAACAAAGUGCAGAUAUGCUCAGGCGCAUGCAGGCAAUGGCUCGAAUUCAAGCCCGGGCCUGCGCGAGUCGAGCUUUAGUUUCUGACUGUUCUCACUCUAGUGACGAGGCCUCACAAACUCAUCGCCCUGGCAUUGCAUCUCGCGACAAACAUGACCUGCAACAACGUUCCUACAGUUCUACUCAUCGGGGGUCAAAUUUGAAGAGUUGUUAUUCCAAAUCGAAUAUGAAUGAGAAUGUAAGCAUGGGAAGGAAGGAUUUAUGCUCAAAAUGGUUAGAUCGUUGGAUGGAAGAACAUGCAUGGAACAAUUACGAGAAUUCUGACCUCAAGGACGGGGGAGCUGAUGAUGAGAAGAGUGACAAGAUACUCGAGAUUGAUACUUGGAAGCCUCGCCAGAAUUCACAGUAUUUUUCGGCAUGGAAUGACAGUGGGCAGGGAAAUAGAACCAACAACAACUCUAUGCCAAGCCAUUCUAAUAUGAAGAAGCCAAGCCCUAGCCUUUCUUCUGCAGAAGUCUCCUCGUCUCUAAGGUCGAUAAUAUUCCCUCAAGACCCCGAAAAGCCAGCUGCUGCAUGGACACUCGAGCACAGCCCGGGUUUCCAUUCUUUACUGUCUAGACCUGGGAGCAGCAGCGGAAGCCAAAGAGGAGGCCCCUUCGUCCCUAGCACGAGUACCACGUUCUGUGGCUACCCGAGCUACCCAAACUUCAUGGCUUACACAGAGUCAUCCUUGGCCAAAGCACGGUCCCAGAGUGCACCGAGGCAAAGAAUGCAGCUGAAGCUCGCAAAUGUUCUUCAUGACACAGACACAAUCUCAGAAAAGGGAUGGAGCUCUCGCCCUAGCCUCAGCAGCAAGGCUUAUCCGGGAUCCAGUCGCCUAGGUUGAGACACGACAAUCAGUGUCUUGUGAGGAUUUAGCUCGAAAUGUUUUUUGUUGCCAGCCAUGUUUCAUGUAAAUGUUUGAUGACUUGUACCAAGAUCCUGGGAAUAAUAUAUCACUCCCCAAAGUGUAUUAGCAACACUCCAAGUAUACCUUAAUCUACUCAAAACAGUUCUGUGUA